GGCGUUCACCAAACGCCAAAGUGAAGCUGCGCCAAUCUCCGUCAACGCCCUCGUUCCGUUGUUGAUGUGAAUUUGUAUUUUUCCUCUCCGUUAUAUCGGUUCCGUGAAUGUGUUCCAAAUCAUAUAAAGAGGUAAUGACUGUCAUCCAACCUUGAACAAUUUUCUCUUUAUCUCUUUUUGGAUCACCAAUUUCUGUUCCUUUUCUUAAACUUCUUUUCGACAGCUGGUCUGUCUUCUAAUUCUUUUUUUCUUCAGAAUCAAUCUCUCAUACAACAACUCCUCAACAUGAAGCUUCAAACAACUCUCGUCGCUUUGGCCAUCACAGCCGCAACCAUCAACGCUGCUCCAGUUGAAUUGGAAGAACGUGGUAGAUUCAGCGGAAUUACCAAAAUUUUCAACGGUGGUGGCAGCAAGCCAGCAACUGGAGCAGAUGCCCCAGCUCCGGCAUACAACAAAGAUUCAGCUGGAACCUUGAACGCUGGAAUGGGUUUAGCAACCCAAGCAGGUUUAUUGGGCGUAAAUGGAAUGAAUACCCAAGCAACCGAGAAUAAGAAUAACGAUCCUGCCGCUCAAAAACGUGUCGUAAGACCUGCAGCACCUGGAAGAUCAAAUUCUUCUCCAGCUGCCAUUACGAAUGACAAGAAUCCUCCUACUGCUCAACCCGGAAAGACUGGAAGCGCUGGUGGCACUACUAAACCCGCUGAUCCAGCAAAGAAACCCGAUUCAGCCACUUCAUCUGAUUAUAUGAACACAGCUGCCAAUUCUUUGGGAAUGGCCAAUUUGGGUAUGGGUCUUUAUAAUGCCGAUCAAGCUUUGCAAGCAACUCAAAAACGUGCUUUACCUGCUGCAGCGGAUUUGGGCUUGAUGAUGAUGGGAGGAGGUCCAUCAGUUGGCGUUACAAAGUCCAAUUAUCAAGAAGCAGGUAAUGGUAACGUGAAAGCAUCAGGAGCAAGUUCAGGUCGUCGUAGUUUGGUGGCCGAUGAACUUUUGGGUUCGGAUGGUUUUGAAAAGCGUGCUUUGCCUGCCGCUGCCGGUUGGGGUUUAGCUUUGAUGGGCGGAGGUCCUUCGGUUGGUGUUACAAAGUCUAACAGUCAAUCUGCCGGAAAUGGAAACGUUCACUUGUCAGGAUCCAAAUCUAGACGUCAAUUGCAAGAUGAAAGCUCAGAAUUGCAAAGACGCUUGAUCAGCUUCAGUCAUACUGAUUCUAACCAACAAAGUGCAGGUAAUGGAAAUGUUGUCGCUUCAGGUGCUUCUUCAGGAGGUGUUCCAAGUAAUGCUGACAAUCUAAUGGCAUCCUUGCAAGCAGGAGCUGCGCAAAAACAAAAGCAAAAGCGUGACGAAGAGAUGGUAAGGCGAUUGUUCAGCGUCAGCAAACAAGAUUACAACCAUCAAUAUGCAGGUAAUGGAAAUGUUGUUGCUUCAGGUGCUUCUUCUGGAGGUGUUCCAAGUAAUGCUGACAUAUUGACUGCAAGCAUGCAAGCUGGUGGUCAAAAAGGCGGCAAGCGUGCGCUUUUGCGUCGUCUUGUUAGUGUGAACACUUCUGAUCGAAACCAACAAGUUGCUGGUAACGGUAAUAUGCACAUGUCAGGUGCUAAAUCAGGAGCCAGUCCACAAUUUUUGGCUUCUUUGAACCCUGGUACUGCUGGUGCCGCUUAGUUGGGUUGAUUAGUUGUAUAGUCAUAGUCGCUGGUCGGCUUUGGCGAGAUUUGAUUCUUUUUUUUUUCUUCACUUUUUUCAAUUCAUUCUUUUUUACUUUUCAUCAAAAGAUGAUUGUCCUGUUUCAGUAUCGGGUAUCGGGAUUGAAUCAUUCUGUUCCUGAGGCCAACGCUUUUUGCCGGUAAAUCUCGUUAGCGGAACACGUCUAGGGAUUAAUGCAGAUUUACUCCACAA